UUUAAAUCACAUCCAAUACGUUAUCAUUUCUGUAUGUAUUUCUUACAUAAUAUUCUAUAUUAAUCAGAAUAUCUAAAUGCAACAGUACAGCGUAUUCAAAAUUUUAAUAUGGAAUAGUUCUAUCAUAAAUGUAUUACUUUCCUUCUCCUUACCUCUCUAUUUCUCUUUCUCUCUAUCUCUCUCUCUAUCUCUUAUUUUAUAGGUCAGAUGAAGUGAUUGGCGCAAUCCACGUUGAUAAACAUGAAAGUCUGCGUAACAGUGAUAUCGUUUAUCACCAUAUCCAUCUGUUUUACCGAGAUGUUUGAUAUUUAUGAGGAAGUUUGCGAAAGGUUGUGUGUUUGCGAAGAAAAAGAUGGAAUUUCAAUAACCAGCUGUGAAAGACGAGGAAUUGUAAGUCUCUCCGAAGUCGGAUUUCUGCGCUUCAACACACAUCAUCUAUUUCUCACAGGAAAUCUGCUGAAAAAACUUUCGUUUGAUGAUUUCUCACAUUAUGAGGAACUCCGGAUUUUGCAUCUGGGCAGUAAUGACAUAGCCGAAAUUGAGACUGGGGCUUUUAACGGACUUAGUGCACUAAAGCGCUUGCACUUAAACAACAAUAAAAUCGAAGUGCUCAGGGACGAUACUUUUAUUGGCCUGGAACGUCUGGAAUACCUUCAGGUCGACUAUAAUUACAUUAGCCGCAUUGAGCCGAACACCCUCAAUGGGUUACACUGUCUAGUUGUGCUGAUUUUGAAUGACAACUUGCUGUAUUCCUUGCCCAAAAAUGUUUUUCAGUCUGUUUCUUUGACCCACCUUGAUCUUAGAGGGAACCAGCUUAAGGUUCUCCCUUAUAAUGGACUUCUUGAACAUUUAUCCAAAAUUGUGGAAAUACAACUUGAAGAGAAUCCUUGGAACUGUACUUGCGAGCUUAUUGGCCUCAAAGACUGGCUAGAAAGCAUAUCAUAUACGGCGUUAGCAGGAGAUAUUGUGUGUGAAACGCCAUUCCGGCUUCAUGGAAGGGACCUUGACGUGAUCUCCAAGCAGGAAUUAUGCCCGAGAAGAGCUGUAGCUGAAUAUGAAAUGGGUGCCGAAGCAUUUCACGAACCUGAGGCAAUUGCAUCCUCAAAUAUUGUACGCGCUACACAACCCACAAAGAGCAGCCAUCAAUCAGGGAAGCUACGUACCAAACCAACAGCAAGGGUUUCAUCCAGCAAACCGCAAAACCAUGGUCCAGUGGUGACGUACCAAACCAAAUCCCCAGACUCUCUUGAGUGUCCCACUGUAUGCACUUGCAAUCUUCAAAUUUCAGAUCUCGGCUUGAAUGUGAACUGCCAAGAGAGGAAAAUUGAGUGCAUCUCGGAUCUGAAUCCCAAACCAUAUAAUCCCAAAAAGAUGUACCUCACAGGAAACUAUAUCAAAUCAGUGCACAGUUCAGACUUUCUGGACACUACCGGCUUGGAUCUGCUUCACUUGGGCAAUAAUCGGAUAUCCGUCAUUCAUAGCAAAGCAUUUGCGGAGUUACAUAACUUACGCAGACUUUAUUUGAAUGGAAACUUACUUGAGCGUCUCACUGAUGACAUGUUCUCAGGCUUAGAACGCCUCCAGUUUCUCUACUUGGAGUACAAUGUGAUCAGAGAAAUAGAAGCUGGUACCUUUGAGCAAGUACCCAAUCUUCAACUGCUCUUUCUCAACAAUAACCUUCUCAAAACGUUGCCAGUGAAGGUUUUCAGAGGUUUAAACUUGGCACGGCUGAAUUUACGCAACAAUCACCUACGAAACAUUCCAGUUGAUGGUGUUUUGGAAGAUUUGAAAUCAUUGGUGCAGAUAGAGCUGUUUGAGAACCCCUGGGAUUGCUCUUGCUCAAUUGUGGAAAUGAAAAAAUGGUUGGAAGAGCUCAGUUCUGGAACCGUUGUGAAUGAUGUGAUUUGUGAGUCUCCACCAAAAUUCACUGGAGUGGAUUUACGCUUUGUUCAUUCCUCUGAUCUUUGCCCAAUGGAUUCAAAUGUUCAAACUUCCCUGCUCCCACCAUCAGAAGAAUCCUUCCCAGGCAGCACUGUUACGUUAGAGACAACACUGGAUUACAAUUCGCUCGAUCCCACGGUGCCUCUCUCUGUGCUCAUUCUCACUUUGCUCCUUAUUUUCAUUGUGACUGUAUUCAUUACUGCUGGCCUGUUCACAAUGUUCAAGAUAAAACGGCACAAAAAGGACAAGGGCAAAAAUACAGACUCCACUUCCUUCGAUAUAAUGUAUGUUGACAGACCAGCACCAAAGGUCAGGACUUCGGCAGGUCACGUUUAUGAAUAUGUCCCUCCUCUUCCAGCAUCCAAGUGCACCAUGGAUGGUGUUCUGGAAGAAAGGUACACUGAUUUUGAUGAGCAAAAUGCUCUGUCAUAUACCUCAGAUGAGGAAUUGAGAAGCAUCAUAAACAGCUCAGAGUUUAGUGCAAGUAAUAGACCUUCUCCUCUACAAGAUGAUAACCUUUUUUACAGAGACAUCCUGGCAAGAAGCCACCAAGGCUCCUGUAGAACCAGUUUACAAUGCAAACAUAGUAUGACACAGUAUUCACCUGAUUGCAACAUCACACAUCAGUAUUUGCAUCCAGAAAGAAUACAACAAACAACGAUGUACGUAAAGCCCAACAGGGGUGAAUAUUGGGAGUUAAAAGCACAGUUUAAUUUUGAGCCGGACUAUCUGGAAGUUCAUGAGAAAAGGACAACAUUCACUCAGUUUUGAGUUAAAACAACUGUUCUUUGUCUUGGAUUUUGGAAAUGUUAAUAGUUAAUAGCAGGGCUGAAAUUUAUAAAGCUUCUGAGAAUAAAUCCUAGAAGUCCACUUAAGACCAAAAAAGUUAGGUAAAAAACCUGGAAGUUGAAAAGAGUUAUAGACAAAGCAACUGUUGGCAAGGAGUUAAUCUUAAGAGUAAAUCUUCAUCAUGAAGUAUGACACUUGCACCACUGUAAAUCUAUCAACCAACACCACUGUAACAUAGUACGAACCAGUGGAAGUGCACCAGAUGUAUAUGAAAAUCACAAUAACACCAGUUCUGAAGUCUAUCUUAUGUUUAUGAAAUAUCCACAAAUAGCGAUCUGAGGGGCCCAAGCACCUUGUUUUUUUUUUUCAAGUAGCACCCCCAGUGGCCAGUUCAUCCCAAGUUACACAGAAGAAUAAAGAGACCAUAGAUGAACAAACCGUUCAAGUUUCAUAACAAUGCUAAUCAAUGCUAAUCUUGUGAAAUGUCUACUGAAAGUUGAUUGGCUGGUGGUAGCUAUGAUUUUUAAAUCAUCCAGUCAUCAUCAGAAAUCCAUGUACAGAUUGGCACAAAGAUGCAGUACACCAAAUCUUACCUCAAUCUGACUUACUCUUCCUGAGAAACAGUUAUCUAGACUUCACUCUGUCCCCUAUCGAUGACCACAACUCAAACUUCACAGACGUCCUCAGAAUCUUGUCCUGAACAUGCAUUUCAGCUUUAGUGCAAAUCCAUGCAACCAGUUUGAGUAAAAUUAAGUAAAUUAAAAAAGAUUUUUGAUCAUAAUACGCACAGUUCACAAGAUAUUGGCCAAGAAAUACAACACUUUGCAAUAGUGAUUGGGCUCAUCUCUCUUGCCAAGAGGGAGUAAUAUCUCCUGACCAGCUUUUAUGUCUGUACCACCAACGGUUUGGUCUGCAGGAUUUGUUUUAACAGAAUAAGACGAAAAAGAAGAGGAAGAAGAAGAAAAAUCCUAACAAAAACUAGACUUUUCCAUGCAUUGACUUUGUGCUUGGACCCCUAUUAACAUGCACUGACAUCUUACAGCUGUUCUAUAUUUACUAAAAAGACUGAUCAGGAAAAAGAACAACAGUUUGCUGGAUGAUUAAUGCCUCGUUGCGAACAGAGUAAAGGCUUUUUCUUGUCCAAGGUGAAAAUUUCCCAAAACAUUGGGAAUGGGCCUCAAAAAACAUUUGAAUACAUCUGUGUUAUGAGUAUAAAGCCAGGUCAGGGCCUAGUGCUGCUGAAACUCUAAGAACUUAAGGAAAUGAUAACCUACUGUACGCUACGUGGUCAGCGCUUGAGAGAAAUUUGUUUUGAUUCAAAUUUACAAUCCACAUACAGUAUAUCGCACCAUUUUUCUCUUAAGAUCAAAUGACCAGAGCAACCAGAUGUGCUUAAUGGCAUCUCGAACAGCUAUUAUUGUGUUGUUUCUUAUAGCUGGAAAGAACUGAUUACUAAUUGUAUCUGUUAUUUACAAAAAUCUUCAUAAUGACCAGGAACGUCUCUAAGCUCGACAUUAUUAACAGUUUGAGACGCUGUUCUUGAAGCACUCCUAAAUACUCGCCCAUUAAAGCAAGUUUUCCACAUUGCUCCCAAAUGUAGGAGUACAUUUCCAAGGAGCUUUGAAGUUAGACUGAGCAAGUAAUCCAAUCUGGAAAAUAUAUAAAAUGAAUACCUCGUGCAGUGAGUAAUAUUUUCAGCUUAAACACACAGGAAUGUCAUAGAGCUUAACAUGAUUUUUAUAUAUAAGUAUGAAUUCUUAAGUAGUACAAAUUUUUCUGCAAACCAUUUGUAUUGGGAUUUUGAUCCUCUCCUCCAUGCAGCACAUGAAAUAUCCUGGGUUUAUUGCAAUUCAAGAUACCCAAAACAGCCCCAAAGCAUCAGUGAUCCAUCUUCAUAUUUUAUGGAAAAUUCGUUUUUAAAAUGCCGAUGGUGUUUCUGAUGUUUUAUUUUCGUUUCCUCUGACCACAUGACACAUUUCCACUUGUAUAGCCACUAAACUUGGUGAAGUUCAGGAGCUGCAUUUUGUAUGUUUCUCUCAGAAAGGGCUUCUUUUGUGCAACUCUUCCACACGGCUUGUUGGGUUCCUCAGAGGAAAGGGUUACUGCAAAUACAUAUGAAGUUUGAUGAUAAUUUGAAGGCUUUUGAAGGCUCCUUGUCACAAAGCUUUUGGGGUAAAUGCUGUGAUCAGCGGAGUUUAUACAUGCUAUAAGAGGAAAUGUUACAUUUCCUUUCCCUUUCUGCUCUUUAUUUACUUUUAAUAAAAAAAUAGCAAUAAAAUUACUUUUUUUUUUGUUUAUAAGCCUUUUUACUUGCCAGUCUGUGGCGAUUUUAUACAUUUUACAUUAUGCUUAUAAAAACAGGUUAAACUACAGCCAUUUUAUUACAUAAGCAAAAAAAAAAGAUGGAAAAGAGACAUUUAUUUUACUAUUCAGCAUGAGCUGUACAUUCAGACAAACUUUUUACAAUUAAAAUUUUUUUGUAUGAUUACGGCUUAAAUUUUCUGAAUAUAUUAUUUAAUGAGUUGAUUUUUUUUUUUACUUUGCGUUUAUUUAUUUAAAUAUAUUUAUGUUAUAGGUAUUGUUUCAUUCAUUUAAUUAAUUUCUCUUGUAAAACUUUGUCAACGUGACUAACUACGGGUCCUUAAAUUCAGUUUAGUUCUGCAGUUCAUCCCUGUACGAAAUGAUGUGACGUACGUACUGUAUAAUAGAAAUGAUGUUUUCAGUUUUGUGCGUUGUUGUAUAAUUAGCCCUAACAUUGCACUAAUUUUUCAUAUAUACAUCACAGUUUUAUUAUAUGCAUCUCAAAUUUAUAUGAAAGUUGUGGGAUUUUUUAAUUCGGUCCUUAAAAAGAAGUGCUGUGUUUAUUUCAUUUUGAAAAAUGAAUGAACAGAAUUGUAAAAAAAAAUUGACUUUACAUUAAUUGAAUUUGUCGGUGUGACUGUGAACUUAAUUUGUCUCUAAAUGGAAAAUAAAGUUUUCACUGGUCGUUGCAUUACAAAACAAUUAUUUCUAAUUAUUUCUCGCUCGUAGGAACAAUCCGCACCAGCAUUUGAGUGAGCAAUAGCACUGAGAUUGUGACUCUCUGUCUUGCUUGCGUGACGGCACCAGAAUGUGGACUUGGAAGAGGAACCAUUUGCGAUAGA